UUAUUGUCCAGCUUAUAAAACAGCUUUUGCCGUAUUUAUUUCAUAUUUAGUUCGAAUGUCGAAGAGAAGUCAUUGAUUACGUAUAAUAAUUGGAAAGUGAUUUACUGUUGUAUUCAUAAACAGCGUAUAAUUCAUAUUUGUGAAUAUUUAAAUGUCCAUUGAUUCGGUCAUCAAUUCCACAAGCCGUGCACUAUUUUAAAUGCAUUAUUUGAAGAAUUUUCUUCAAAACUUCAGAACUUAAUUUUUCGUAUCGACUAAGUUUUUAAAUCUAUAAAUCUGGCUACUGAAGUGAGAUACCGUAUUGGUAUGCGAUUGGUGCUGAAAACUUUCAUAAUCUAUACCAGUUCUGAUCAUUUCUCAGAAGACGAGUCUCAUUUUUCCGUUUAGUUACAAAUAUAUUUCCAAUAACGUUAACAAAGCUUAACAGCCUCCUACUCGAAUGUCCUUGUCCAAGAAUAUAGAAGAGAUCGACAUGCAGCCUGAAAAACGUGGAACACAGAAAACAUACAGGAAGCCUUUGUUAAGGCAAUUCUCCCCUCUUAUGGUCGCCAUGGUAGGUCUACCUGGAAGAGGGAAGAGUAUUCUGGCGAAAAGAUUGGAAAGGUACAUGAAUUAUACUGGAGACAUCACGAAGGUGUACGACAUAAGCGAGUAUAGAAGAAAGCACAUGGAGAAAUACGCCUCCCAUGAAAUGUUCAAGGCUGACAACUUGCCUGCGUGGCGUAUACGCAUCCAGAGUUUUCGAGAAGCUCUCGAAGAUGCUGCGGCUUGGCUAAGCGAACCAGGCAACAAGGUGGCCAUUCUGGACGGACCAAACGUUUCCAGAUCCCAGAGAGAAGAGAUCUAUGAUCUCGUAUACACUCAGCUAGGAUUCCGGGUUAUGUUCAUCGAGUGCGUCUGCGAGGAUCCGAUGAUGCUCGAGAGAAAUUUCAAGGAGAUUCUAAUAUAUAGUGUUGACUAUCGGGGGAUGGCUACCGAAGAAGCUCUCAAGGACCUGUCUUUGAAAAUGGCUCAUUAUAAGGCUCAAUAUGUUUCGCCUUCGUUGGGCAGCGAGUGGGAGUUGCCAUGUCCCGUUGUGAAAGUGCUGGACGGUGGAGAAGGCGGUGUGAUUGCCCAUGGGGUGAAUGGUGUCAAGGAGAGUAAAAUCUUGGCCUACAUAUCGACACCUAGGCCAUUUCAGCAAACUCUGUACUUCUCGAGGCACGGAGAAAGUGAAUAUAACGUAAUUGGCAAAAUAGGUGGUAACGCUUCCCUAUCUCCUCGUGGACAGAAGUACGCGGAAGCUUUGGCAAAACAUAUCAAAGCCCUGAAUUUACCGUCUUUACAAGUUUGGACAUCGACCCUUGAAAGGACUAAAGCUACCAGUGCUGGCAUCAAGGCCCCGCAGCUCCAUCUAUCGGAAUUGGAUGAAAUAUACUCGGGAGAAUGUGAGAGCCUGACGUACGAGGAACUCCAAGAUCUCUUUCCCAAGGAGUUGGCUCUGAGGGAUCAUGAGAAACUCAAGUACCGUUACCCUCAAGGGGAAUCUUAUUUAGAUGUGAUGAGAAGGUUGGUUCCUGUACUCAUGCAAUUAGAGACUGAGAGUAAUGUUCUGGUGGUUUCUCAUCAAGCUGUGCUCAGGUGCAUCCUAGCCUAUUUUCUUGAGACUCCACUUGAAGAGGUACCGUAUAUGCAUGUGCCACUCCACACUAUAAUAAAGGUUACCCUUUGGGGUUAUAAUUACAACAUAGAGACUAUCAAAAUGCCUAUAGACUGUGUCGAUACAAACAGAUCAAAACCCAUAAACUGUUCAUUGAACCGAACAGCUGAGGAUGCCUUGAAAACUGUUCCAGUACAUUUUGAUAACGUGGAUGAAUUGAUCCAUACCUUGGAGGCUAUAUAGUGUCGAACAUUAGGGUGUAAUCUCCAAGUUUAAAAUGAUAAUAUAACCAGAUUCAAACUAAAAAUCAAGGAGUUUUUAUUGAUUUUCUAUACUCUUCUGAUUUCAGUUGCAUGUCUUAUAUUUGCCCUAGGUUUUAUUUCAUUAGAGUUGAUUUCCUGAGUUUAUCUAUGGAAUGUAAUUCAUUAAGUUAGUUACUAGUUGAAGGUGCUAGCUAGAAUUCAGAAAUAGCUUUAGU